UCCUGUGUUAUUGAAGUCAAUGUACACUCUUUAUUGGAAACACUUAUUUUCUACAUUCGUAAGGUACAAUCACACUAUAUAAAUAAGGGAAGUAACACAAAAGUAAUAAUACUGAGCAAAGGAAAGAGCGCGGAACACAAUGCAUAGCCAUAGCUAUGGAGUACUCCAAGGGGUCCUCCUAGCGAUAACAUCUAUAAUCAUUUUAUGGGUGCAAGGACUCGUUGGCUUGCCACUGGCUCUACCCGAUCCGGAGUCACUUCUGAUCGCCAUGGCGGAGGAUCUUCCGGCGGAGAGAGCUCCGAGGCAGAUCAAUCAAAAUCAGUCCGAUGUUGAUGUUUUCAAUACCCAAAUGCAGCAUAAAUCCGAUGGCUUUAGAGUUUUCGGAAAGAAACCACAAGACGACUAUCACCGAAGAACUGGCUACGAUGUAACUCAUGCCCCACUGCCCAUUGCUGUGACUAAACGAACCACUAUUGUCCCCAAGAAAUCACCCAAAAGUGGCAUACGACUCUAUGCUGAUCCACAAGAUGAAGAAGCCGGAGGUGAGGAUGGGGAAGGAGUGACUGAGGCAGGGGCGGAAGGGGAAGGUUCAGGAGGAGGAGAAGGAGCUGAAGAAGCCGGUGGUGGAGGAGCAGGAAAUGAAACAGGCAAGGAGCUGACUGUCAGCAUUCAAAAGUUCUAUACCAAUCAAUAUGGGGAAAAGGUAUACAAUCCUUGGGGAAUCACCUUUGGACAUCAAUUCUUGGACACCCGCUUCGGUCCGGGAAGUGGUCAGAGGGCACGUAUGUCGGUUAAUCCGAAUCCGAUUCAGAACUACUAUCCCAGUGUUGAGAACCUGACCACCGUCUGCUUGAACAGAUCGACCAUCUACAACGAUAUUAAGAUCGAGAAAUGGCUGAUGCGCUAUGUCUACAGCAGGAAGAAGAAAGUCCGCCCAUUCUUUUUCGCUCUGCGUCAGCAGCUAUACGAAAGGGGCGAUUCGGAGCAGUGUCACAAGACGUCUUUUAGUGACUGGUUGCAGUACCAGGAGUGCGCUAUACGGCGAAACCAGCGCAUGGAGUACUUCAUCCCCAAGUAUCCACGACACCAACUUGCAACAAACUAAUCUCCCAAUACUGUACCUCUUGGACGCAACAAUUCUGUUCAAAUUUCAGUUAGACAUUGAUCAUGAUAUAUCCUUCAUGUGAAAUCCAGGAAAUUAUUGGGACAACACAAGGAAUGAUUAUUAUAUCUACGAUCUUUCCCUUCAUUAAAAUGUAAAUUCAAAUUAUUUAAUACUUUUUUAAGGCGCAUACUGUAAAAAUUCGAGUUUAACUAGAAGUGUUGCAAAUAUAAAUGUAU